CUUAUCAGCGGGACUGUUCUAUUAUUGUUGCACAUGCUUAGCAACAUCAUACAGCUUUUUUGUGAAAAGAAAUUAGGCCUAGAUUACAUCACACGUUCUAAGAAAUGUCUACUUGCUUAAAUGCUAACAAUCAAAAUGAGGUUCUUCCUCCUCCAGUGCUAUGGGCUCAAAGAAAACACCUUUUAUAUGUCAAGAUAGCUUUAGAGGACUGUAAAAAUCCAACAAUUAAACUAGAAACUGAUAAACUUUUCUUCAGGGGAAAAGGAGGAACAGAGAACAAAGAACAAGAAGUAGUCCUAGAAUUUUUGAAGAAAAUAAAACCAGAGGAAUCACGGUAUGCAGUACGUGGAAGAGGAAUUGAAUUUAUCCUUAUCAAAAGUGAAGAAGGUCCAUAUUGGAGCAGGUUACUAAAAGAUGAUAAGAAGCAUCAUUGGCUAAAAGUAGAUUUUAACAAAUGGGCGGAUGAAGAUGAGUCUGAGGAUGAACUUAAUUCAGGAACCAACUUUGAAGAGAUGAUGAGACAGAUGGGUGGACUUGAUGAUAGUGGUGGUGGUGAUUUAUCAGCCUUGGAUAAAGAAUUAGACAGUGAUGAUGAGGAUCUUCCUAACUUGGAAUGAAACAAACUUAGAAAGAUUCUGUAACCUGUCAAUAGAUGGCGCUGUCGUUACUCUGAAGUAAAUUUGUAUUGCAUGAUAUGAACUGUAAUCACAACCAUACAUUCACGAUUUGUUUCAAAGUCAUUUUAGGAGAGUAUGUGACAGUCUUGCACCUCUGUAAUUUUAUUUCUCUCAUUUAUGACUUGUUAUGAUGUCUGUUUAAUAAACAGUUAUAUUUUUAUUGCGUUAAGCAAUAAA